AAAGUCGCGGCGGCGGCGGCGGCGGCGUGCGGGGCUUCACCCUGCGCGGCUUCUGCCCCUCCGCGGGGAAGGGGGCUCGGCGCCCCGCCGCUCAUCCCCCGCCCGGCCGGCCGGCCGGCCCGCGCCAUGGACCCCAAGCCGCGGCUGUUCAAGCGCGCCGCCUCCCCCGGCGGCAGGAUUUGCUCCCCGCCGCCGGGCUUGACGUCAGCGGCCCCCUGCUGCCCUGACAGCAGCCCCCCGGCCGCCGGCUUGUUCUGCGGGGUGGUCGCCGCCUGCAAGCCGCUGCCCGCCGCCGCGCCCGCCGCCUCUUCCGCGCCCGGCGCGGCGGCGGCCCGCAACGCCGUCUACACGGUGCUGGUGGAAGAUCCGGCGUCGCUCCGGAGGCGAUCCCGGCGCAGGAGCUGCGAGGACGGCGCCGGCCAGAGAGCCGCUGCGGCCGGCGGCGGCGGCCGAAGCAAAGUCCAGCUUCUGCAAAAGAGCCCCAACCACUGUAACGGCCAGCCAUUUCCAGCAGAGUUGGAGCCCGCUAACGGCCACCUGAGGCUCACGUCCGAUCCUUGGGCGCUGAAGCAGCCGGCAGAAGAAGUGACCGCAUUACGGCUCCUGGACGAGACCCCCUUGCACCACUCGGCCUACAUCCCUGUGCCCCAGCAGAGAAGACCGACGGAGAAGGCGGGGAUUGAUGAAGUCAUGGCUGCGGCGGUCCUCACCAGCCUGUCCACAAGCCCGGUCGUCCUGGGCCAUCACCCCAAUGGCUUCAGCGCAGAAACGAACUGUGAUGGGUGGAAAGAAGCCCCUGCGAGGUCUUCCAGCUGCAGCAGUAGCAACCACAGCGGGGAUGGGAGCUGGGAUCCGCCGAGCGACCUUUCCACCCCCUCCACCCCUUCGCCACCCUUGACCGCCGACAUCACGACCAGCAUCCUGUCUUCCCUGCAGUCCGACCUGGAGGAAACAGAAGCCACCCAGUUUCUCUUUGGGGACCCCGUCCCCAGGAAGAGGAAGAACUCCACAAAGGUGAUGUUCAAGUGUUUGUGGAAGAGCUGCGGGAAGGUGCUGAGCAGUUCCUCUGGGAUGCAGAAGCACAUCCGAGCCAUCCACCUGGGGAGGAAGGCCGACCUGGAUCAGAGCGACGGAGAGGAAGACUUUUACUACACCGAGCUGGACGUCAACGUGGAUUCCUUGACCGACGGUCUCUCCAGCCUGACCCCCGUCUCCCCUACCUCCCCUGUGCCCCCUCCCUUUCCUGUCCUGGAGGAGGUCCAAAAAACCCCGCCUAUUCCACUCAACCCCAAGGUUUCCGUGGUGCCUCAUCUGAGCCAGUCGGCGCCCAUGAACCUCCUGAGCCAGUCGGCCCCCACAAGUCUGUGCCACAUCCAGACCGAUCAUGCGUAUCAGGCAAUGGGUCCUGCUGGGGUGCUGGCGGAUCUGAAGGCUCCACCAGCUGGGAUGGAAAUCAGCAUAUCGUGGCAGCAGCCAGCCCUUUUCCCAUCCCCUCUUCCCCCCGUCCUCUUCAAAAGCCCCUCGGGCUGCCUGACUCCCAUCCGACCUGCGGAUUCAGGAGAGAAGCGCCUGCAAGGCCCUCCUGUGUCAAUUGCCAAAGGACAACCAUUAAUGCCCUCUUCCAUGCCAAAGCCUGCAACAGGCACCAGGAAGCCCCGUGGUGAGGCCAAGAAAUGCCGCAAAGUCUAUGGGAUGGAGAACCGCAACAUGUGGUGCACGGCCUGCCGCUGGAAGAAAGCGUGCCAGCGGUUUGUCGAUUGAGCUUCGGGAGGCCGGCCACCUGCCUGCCCUCCGUCUACGUUGCGCGAUUUGCACUUCUGUGCCUUCCAGCCUGAUCUCCUUUGACCGCCUGCCCCCUCCCUGCCAACCCCACCCUCCUCCAAGGUGGGGGCUCCCCUCUGUGCCUUGGCUCAGGAAACAGGACUCUCUGGAUGGACAGAGCCGGUGGACCCGGUGCAAAGGAAGGCAAGAGCCCUCGCCCUUCCCUGCAGGAGGAAGCACCGCCUGGGGGGCUUCUGGAAUCUCUAGGGCCUCUCUUCUCAUCCUGGGAUGCCUGCUGAUCCAGCCUCCUGCAUCCACACAUGUGAAAAUUAAGCCAUUGCCUGUCUUUC